AUGGCUAAACUAACUGGUGGGGAAAGCUGCUGUCCCUUCAAAAGCCAGCCGGUUCCCACCCUCAUGCUUGAUCAGUUGACGGAUCAGGUAAAAAGGGGAUCACCCACAAGAUUACAGAAAUUAGAAAAGGAAAAGAAAAAGGAAAAAAUAUAUGCAUCAAAAGGGCUAAGAACUGAGGUCCACACUCGGUAG